GUAGUUUUAUUAACAUUAAACCAAUUAAAUCAAAUACUUUUGUCACCCCCACAAAAACUUGAUCCCUUCAUAGCAUUUCUAAUGGGCCCUCCAUCUUCAAAGCCACCUUGAUCCCUCCACUAGCAUCGUGUCUGCGUUCGCAUUCAGCGAGCUAACUAGCCUCUCAUUGUUAAUCCUGUUAUACCUAACAAAACUACUCUCCAAUUUUCUUUUCAGGAGCUACCUACUCUACUCUCCCGUUCUCUCUUUCUGACCUUCCAUUUUCAUUGUACUUCGCGAAAAUGGAGCAGGGCUCAUGGAAUCAGUGGGUAGAAGACGCACUUACAAAGCUUGAGUCCUUGAAAGUAUUGCGAUCUCUAAGACCCAUUUACCUUUCCACUGAACAACAAUCACGGAGCCAAGAACCAAGAGCUAAUGACGAGGAAUACCAGGUGUUCGAUGAAAUGCAGGCAUGGGAUAGAUCCUCUGUUGAGGUAUCAAUCUCAGAACCCACCUUUCAGAGAUGGCUCCAUGACAUCCCCAGUUCCGGAGACGAGAUUGUUGUUAGGGAUGGAGUUGCUGAUGGUAAAGUUGGCUCGGGUGAAAUGCAGCAAUUCAGGAGGCUUCUUUUAUUCUCUGGAAAUGAUUACUUGGGAUUGAGUUCACAUCCCACAAUUAGGAAUGCUGCUGCAAAAGCGGCUCGAGAACAUGGAAUGGGCCCGAGGGGUUCCGCUUUAGUCUGCGGGUAUACCAAUUAUCAUAGGUUACUAGAGUCAUGCUUGGCAGACUUAAAGAAGAAGGAGGAUUGCCUUCUUUGUCCUACAGGAUUUGCUGCCAAUAUGGCCUUGAUGGUAGCAAUUGGAAGUGUUGGCUCUCUCUUGGCUAGGGGUCAGAAACCUUUGAAGGAAGAAAAAGUUGCAAUUUUUUCUGAUGCACUGAAUCAUGCAUCAAUAAUUGAUGGAAUCCAUCUUGUCGAACGACGAGGAAGUGUUGAAGUUUUUGUAUAUAGACACUGUGACAUGUUCCAUCUUGAUGCUUUGCUGUCAACUUGCAGAGUUAAGAAAAAAGUUGUCGUCACUGACAGCUUAUUUAGUAUGGAUGGAGACUUUGCACCAAUAGUUGAGCUUGCUAAGCUUCGUAAGAAGCAUGGCUUUCUAUUAGUCAUCGAUGAUGCCCAUGGAACUUUUGUGUGUGGCAAAAGGGGUGGGGGAGUGGCUGAGAAAUUUAAUUGUGAAAAAGAUGUUGACCUAUGUGUUGGCACUUUGAGUAAGGCAGCUGGUUGUCAUGGUGGAUUCAUAGCAUGCAGGAACCAUGUCCAGAUGCAAUUUAGGCCUGAGAUAUGAGAUCAUCCUUGUUAUGUGGAGAAAUUCUACUACAUGCACUGUCGUUCAUCAGACAUCCAAUGUUACUGUCCAAGGGCUGAAGUAGGCGGAACUAAAGUUUUCCUGUGAUAUGAAAACAAAGGGACAAAACGAACUUGACAACUUUUAUACUUCUAGAGCUGAUGUUGAAGCCCAAAAAGAAGUGAAGGAAAGUUUUACAAAAUGAUUGGAAUGGGCAGAUUCACAGUUGAUGAAAACCUUGGAUCUUUUGUUAGAGAAGUUAACAGAUUUGAAAAAAUUCAAUAAAUCUAGGUAAGUAAGCACAUGAAUUGGAAGAAGUCUGAAAUAAGGAAUCAAUAGUGAGCAAAUUCCAAAUUCCAACUACUAUUCUGCACAAUCCCAUGAAAGGUAGAAAAGCUAGUUAUCAAGUUUUUUGAGUAAAGGUGGUCAUAAAAUAUGAUGGAAGAUGUAUGACAAAUGAGAAUAUCUUUUUUUGGGUGGCUGAAGUUGAUAACCAGAGUGUGCCUACUGCCAACACUUCCUCUUGUUGAUUUUGUGGUGCCUACUUGGUUUCACCUUCUCUUUGAAUCCACACUUUUGAAAUACAUGCCCAAGGAUUCAAUUUCUUGAUGCCUUGUAACUAAAACUUGAGGUUAUUACCAUUUGGGGGAGAGCAAUGCCGAAUAGGAAGACAUUAAAAUGGAAGAAUAACAUUAUUAGGAAAUAUUAGUAGAAUAACUGUUGACUAUGACAUUGUACUCAUUAUUAGAAAUAUUUUGGUUACAUAGGCAAUUAUUAAGUAGUCUGGAAGGUUAAGACUUAUUUAGGAAACUUUAGUUUUUAUUCUAGCAGAUGUAUCUUUUGAAAUUCUACAAUUGAAGACAUCUUUCUGUAUAUGGUUAUGUUGUUGGUGCCCAUACAAAUUACAAAGACUACCUCUAGCAUAGUAUCGUUCACCCUCAUUAUUGAUCAUUCUUAAGAAUCUUUUCUACUUCUCUAUUUCUUGCUUAACUUUUGUUUCCCUUCACCCUCUCCUUGUCCUGCAUCAAAGUAGUUUUCAUCUCUUUGUGUGUGUAAAGGAAGCCGCUUAAAGUUAUGAAAGGAAGAAGGGUAAAAGGGUAAAUAGGUGUGAGGAAAGAGGGUAAUUUUGUACUUCGGUUACGGCAUAGAUUUUUGUUUUCAUUCGGUUGUAACCAUAAAUGAUGCGUGCAACUAACCGGUGCACCCCUAUACCUAUAUAAACGACUUCCUAGUGGGAAGGAAAGCGUGGAUUUCUCUCUCGACUCCCUCUUAAAGCAUGAAUUUCGCUUUCAACUCCUCUUUCCCUCUUUCUUCGUCCUUAUCCCUAUUAUGCUUAACCAAUGUAGUCACGAACCCAUGAGAAGGUUCUUGAAUAGUUGGCACUGGAGCCAUUAAAAUCUGGUGAAAGCCAUGCUUCUGUAGCAUCACGAACUCGGUCCAAAUGAAAAUUCGUUGUGAUGGAGCAAGACAAGAUGCAACCAGUGGAGGAUUCCGUAAAGGAGGUCGAUCAAUAACUCACAGAAUUCAUGAUUGAGGUGUACAAAACACAUCUCAAAAUCAAACAAUAAUUUGAUUAAACAGUUGAAAUGUUACGUGGUAGUAUGAACCAAUGAGUCAAACAACCAGACCAAUCACUCACUGUCAGCUAUUACAAAAGGAAGAGGAAUUCUUCCCUCACAAGCAAUGCAUGACCCUGAGGAUAUACCUUCCCAUACGCGCAUUGAGACCUAAGGUGAAAAUCCUUUUGUUUGAAGGAAUUAAUCCUACGGUUUGGGUAAGGUGGUGCAGCAAGUAUUUCUUAGUUCGUGGCACACUAGAUGAACUAAAGAUCAAAGUUGCUUACCAUUCUUAGGUGAAGUCGCAGAUGUGUGGUACCCAAGGUUGGCUAACCAAAAAAAACAAAAUCUUGAAACGAGAAGUGUUUGUGAAAGAACUCUGUUGAUGUGAGCAAGGAAAAGAAAAACUCCUGUGAGAUUUUCUUUCUAAUCCCACAGAAAUCUUUCUUCUUGAGAAGGAGAAUCGGCCAAGGGAGAAAAUUGAUUCUAAAUCUCAAGAUAUCUUGAGAAAUAGAAAAUUUUCUUAAAUAUCAAAUCUUACGGAAAAGGAAAAUACUUGACAAAGAGGAAAAUAUCUUACUAGAAUUUCUUGUCCAAAAUCUCCAUAAUUAAUUAACAUCUUCUUUAUUUAAAAAGGGAGAUAAUAUCUAUCCUAUAUUAAUUGCAAUUCUCUUAAUUUUUUUAGUUUUCCUAUUUUAUUCUAUAUUUAAAUUUUUUAUGUAAUUUCUCCAUUAAAUUUGGAGAUUAUUUUCCGUAUUGUUUACAUGGCUUACACUAUAAAUAGGGAAUCAAUUUAUAGUCGUAAUAAUUCAAGUUUCAAUCAAUAAAAUUAUGAAUUUUUAGUUUUUAAAUAAUGGGGUUUUCUUCAACUUUUUUGUUGAGUGGAGAAUUGAUAUCUACUUAUUAAGAUAACUUAUGGCGUCUUCAUCAUUAUCUUUUCUCGAAUUGAUUUUAAAUUAUCAAUUUUUUUUUGUGGCGUUCUAUUUAAUUCAUUUAUUACUAUUAUCUUGGUUUUCACUCCUUGUUGAGUGCAGGUUAUUAAGU